AUGGGUAAGGACGACAAGACUCAUAUCAACGUGGUCGUCAUCCGAUGUUUCGCAAUAAAUAUUGACACCCGUCACAGCCACGUCGACUCUGGCAAGUCCACCACCACUGGUCACUUGAUCUACCAGUGCGGUGGUAUUGACAAGCGUACCAUUGAGAAGUUCGAGAAGGCAAGUCCGGAAGCCGCUGAACUCGGCAAGGGUUCCUUCAAGUAUGCGUGGGUUCUUGACAAGCUCAAGGCCGAGCGUGAGCGUGGUAUCACCAUCGACAUUGCCCUCUGGAAGUUCGAGACUCCCAAGUACUACGUCACCGUCAUCGACGCUCCCGGCCACCGUGAUUUCAUCAAGAACAUGAUUACUGGUACCUCGCAGGCUGAUUGCGCCAUCUUGAUCAUCGCUGCCGGUACUGGUGAGUUCGAGGCUGGUAUCUCCAAGGACGGCCAAACCCGUGAGCACGCUCUGCUCGCCUACACUCUGGGCGUCAAGCAGCUCAUUGUUGCCAUCAACAAGAUGGACACCACCAAGUGGUCCGAGGCCCGUUACCUGGAAAUCAUCAAGGAGACGUCCAACUUCAUCAAGAAGGUCGGAUACAACGCCAAGACCGUCCCCUUUGUCCCCAUCUCCGGUUUCAACGGCGACAACAUGCUUACUGCCUCCACCAACUGCCCCUGGUACAAGGGAUGGGAGAAGGAGACCAAGGCUGGCAAGUCCACCGGCAAGACUCUUCUCGAGGCCAUUGACGCCAUUGAGCCCCCCAAGCGUCCCACCGACAAGCCCCUCCGUCUUCCCCUCCAGGAUGUGUACAAGAUUGGCGGUAUCGGAACCGUCCCUGUCGGCCGUAUCGAGACUGGUAUCCUCAAGCCCGGCAUGGUCGUCACCUUUGCCCCCUCCAACGUCACCACUGAAGUCAAGUCGGUGGAAAUGCACCACGAGCAGCUUACCGAGGGUGUCCCCGGUGACAACGUUGGUUUCAACGUGAAGAACGUCUCCGUCAAGGAAAUCCGCCGUGGUAACGUGGCCGGUGACUCCAAGAACGACCCUCCCAUGGGCGCUGCUUCCUUCGACGCUCAGGUCAUUGUUCUCAACCACCCCGGUCAGGUCGGUGCCGGUUACGCUCCCGUCCUGGAUUGCCACACCGCCCACAUUGCCUGCAAGUUCUCCGAGAUCAAGGAGAAGAUUGACCGACGUACCGGCAAGGCUGUCGAAGCCGCCCCCAAGUUCAUCAAGUCUGGUGACUCUGCCAUUGUCAAGAUGGUUCCCUCCAAGCCCAUGUGUGUCGAGGCUUUCACCGACUACCCUCCUUUGGGACGUUUUGCCGUCCGUGACAUGCGACAGACCGUCGCCGUCGGCGUCAUCAAGUCGGUCGAGAAGGCUGCCGCUGGCUCCGCCAAGGUCACCAAGUCCGCCGCCAAGGCCAGCAAGAAAUAA